AUGUCGCUGCUCUCCGGUCCCCGCGGAGCAGCGCCGGGCUCAGCGCGGCUGAGGCGGAGCAGCCGCCCCUCGCCGGGCACCCCCUCGGCGUGGCGCGGGGCCUCCCAUGGCGCCGGCGGUGCACACCUGGCUGCGGGACAGGUGCCGGGCUCCUCAGGCGAUGCUCCAACCCCCGCAGCUCGGACUCCUCCCGCCCCGCCUCCGCUCCCCCUGCCCGGCUCGCCGGGGCAAGCCCCGCCCGCCGGGAAAGGGAACGCCUGCGCGAAGGGGGCGCCCGUGGCGGGCGCGUGGUGGUGCCCGCUUGGCUCUGCAGCAGAGGCGCCCCGGGAGCGGGGCUGUGGCUUGGGCGCUGGUUCUGAGGAGCCCUCGGAACAGAGGGAAACGCGGCCGUGGCUGAGGGCGUUCGUUCUGAGGAGCCCCGGGCUCGGCGGGAGCCACUUUUUGGCCGCCAGGUGCUGCAGCCCGCCCCGCGUUACAGCCGGUGCCGGCGGGAGGCCCUGGCCGUCCCCGGGGGAAGCAGUGCACCCUUUGGCCGUUCGCUGUGCACACCCUGCUCUGCCCCCACACUGGUUUCCGAGCAGUCAGCACCUGACUGGAGCAGAGCUGUCGUGUUUCCUUGUCAUCUGUGAAACUCGGCACUGCUGUUUUCUGCAAAGGUCAUGUGUCUUGCACCUCGAGUCGGUGAUCAUGUCUCUAGAACAAUGGCAAGAUAAAGCUGUCCCCCAUCUGAACCGAGGAUUUAAGCACUCUUGUCAACUCACACCUCUCGUGUCCACACUGAAGCUGAUGUGUGAGGGCAGCAGACGCAGAAAUAUCUGAACUUGUGUUGGUGUGACUGGUUCGUUAUGAAGCUGUGCAAACCCGUGAUUAUUCAAGCUUUGAUAUGGGCAAGUUACACUUGAAUGAAUUGUGAGAGGCUGAGGUAAACUUGUACUGGAGUACUUGCCACCAUGACCCCGUUGACACCAAUUCCAUACUAUGAAGAUAAGAACUAAAUUGUUAUGAGACUGCUCUGAAAAUCUACCAUCAAUCAAAAAUUAUACCUCUGCAGAUAGCUUGUUUCUGUGAUUGGGUGAGUCCUUAGUCUGCUGUAUUUCUUUUAAGACUGGCACUAAUUUUUCCCUAUCUUCUUUUGAAAAUGACUAUCUCUGUAAGAGAGCUUCCAUAUUAAAUGUAAAUAAAUAAAAGUAAACAAAAGCAAAUCA